AGCACCUACAUGGUCGGCACCUAUGGAGCUCUUGGUAUGCACCUAAGACCGUCGGUUCCAAGUACCGAAGUCUGCACUUAAGGUAGAUCCACUUGGUCCUGAUAUUGACUGCCACCUCUGGUGCUCGCAGCCCUGUGCAUGCACGAAAGUAAUACACACCAGGUCUACAUACUGACCCAUGCUCCCAACCUGGCCCCAAGAUGGAAAAAUAAAUCCUUCAAUAAGGAAGGGUUUGAAAACUACACAGAAAUUCUACUGCUGUCCUAUUGAAGGCUGCCCUAGAGGACCAAACAGACCAUUUUCUCAAUUUUCACUUGUAAAACAGCACUUUAUGAAAAUGCAUGCUGAAAAGAAGCACAAAUGUGAUAAAUGUAGCAACUCAUAUGGCACGGAAUGGGACUUGAAACGACAUAUAGAAGACUGUGGCAAGACUUUCCAGUGUACUUGUGGGUGCCCUUAUGCCAGCAGAACAGCAUUACUGUCUCAUGUUUACCGAACUGGCCAUGAGAUCCCUGCAGAGCACAGGGAUCCACCUAGUAAGAAAAGGAAAAUGUGCACUGAGGUUUCCAAUCAGCACUUGGUAGAGAAAGCGAGUGAAGCAUUCAUCAAUGCACGCACCAGUGGUACUUGCACUCAGGACUUGGAAUCGUCUGAAAUGAAACUAAUGGCCUCCUUUGAAGGCUCCUGCAGUUCUAAUGUCAGUAAGCAAACGCUCUCACAGCCUAAGUGUACACCGAAGAUGCUUUUGCCAAAGCCCAGAGUAGCUUUGGUUAAACUUCCAGUAAUGCAGUUUGCUCACUUGCCUAUUUUUGUGUCAGCAACAGAUUCCUCUGUCAAACCUGUUGUAGUGACUGUUGAUAAUCAAGGCUCUGUUAUGAGUACUGUUCACUUAUUACCUCAGUCUAUAGGAAUUCUGAUACCAGCAUUGGAGGCUGAAGCACUUGUAUUUAAAGACACAGUGCCUAUUUCGAAACCAGCAAAUUCUGGUGAUGUUGAACCAAUUAGCACCAGCGUCCAAGUCAGUCUGGGUAAGAUCACAUCAAAUAAUACAGUACAAGAGCUGGGGAGCAUGUGUCACAAGAAUAAAAUCUCUUCAAUAAAUGUACAAACUGACUUAUCUUACAUUUCACAAAACUUUAUGCCAGCUGCAGCCUGGGCUCCUGAUUCUUCUGUAUCCUCUUGCUCUCAGACGGACCUGACAUUCAGUUCACAGGUUUCGCUACCAGUUAGUGUUCAGACUCAGACACUGCUGCCUAGUUCUAAACUGACUUCAUCCAUAGCUGCCCAGACUGAUGCUUUUGCUCAGGCUUGUUUCCAGUCAUGUGGUGUUUCUAGAGAAACUCAAACCAAUAGAACACAAAACUCUGUUGAUGGAAGAAUACAAAUGGACCAAGCUGUAAUGUGCAAUGACAUUUUUGACAGUGUUCAUUCAGCUUACAAUGUUUCAACCCAGAUUGGGCUCUCAGAAAACAAUUUAAUGACUGCAAACAUAGAUCAAAGAUUGCUACAAAGAAGUAACUGCAAGACCCUGAGUGAGGAUACAAUAAAAUCUGAACCCAUUAUCAACUUCCAUACACAGACUAAUAUACUCCCACAGCAAAAUAUGACAGAUAAUCAAACCCAGACAAUGGACUUACUAAGUGAUCUGGAAAACAUCUUUUCAGGUAACAUGUCUGGCCAGACAUUGGAUAAUCGUGGUCUUUUGUCUGAUACUAGUUCAGGGGCUGAUACACAUCUGCCAUCUGGCCCUACACAGAGCACAGGAAUAGACUUUGACAUUGAAGAGUUCUUUUCAGCUUCCAAUAUUCAAACACAAACUGAGGAGAGUGAUCUUGGUAACCUGAACUCUGAGCCAGUCUUGGAAUCUCUGGAUAUUGAAACACAGACUGACUUAUUUUUUUCGGACAGUGCCACUCAAUCCUAUAGCUGCAGAGGAAAUUCCAACUUCUUAGGUUUGGAAAUGUUUGAUACCCAGACACAGACAGACUUAAAUUCCUUCUUAGACAGUAGCACCCAUUUGCCUUUGGGAAGUAUUUUGAAGCAAUCCAGCUUCUCCAUGAGCACUGACUCAUCUGAUACCGAAACUCAGACAGAAAUACCCUCUGCUGCUAAAAAUAUACCUUGUCAAAAUAUAGAAAAUAAAGUCCAGCUGAAUAGUGCUGAAACACAGACUAUGGAUAGCUGCUUUGAGACCCUUGGAAGCCUAUUUCUUACCAGCAAUGAGACACAGACAGCUAUGGAUGACUUUCUUCUGGCUGACUUGGCCUGGAAUACAAUGGAGUCACAGUUCAGUUCAGUAGAAACACAGACCUGUGCAGAAUUGUGUUCCUUGGUUUGUCAGAAGUUUGGAACAAGCCAUUGAGUACUACUUAAUAAAAUUGUUUUCCUUGUGGUUUGAAACUAAGUUAUUGGGGUGAGGGGCGGGAGAAGGGACUGACCAAGUUAUCUAUGUUGAAUAUAGUUGCCUAUAUGCAGUUGGUCUAAAAAAAUUUUUCAUGCAUAAAGUACUUAAGCUGUUGUAUAUGUAACUUAAACAUAGAAUAUGUAUACAUUUUUGUAACCUGUUAAUGCAAGUUUGAACUUUUAAAGUGAAUGUUCUCGUGGUGCCUGCCAUUGUUGAUCUGUGUUACAAAGCUAUAUCAACAUGUCCAUUGAACCUCAGUUCAGGCUUUUAUAUUUGUCUAUACCUGUAUACUUUUGGCUCAGACCUAGGCUUACUGUCUUGACGCAAAAGUAGGCCUAUCUAAUUCUGACACAUCUUGCUCACCAAAAAAGCCCUUAUUGGCAUAAGCUGCUUCUUGUUUUUUAAAGUCUUAGAUUAUAAUAUGGCAAGGUUUACCUGUCCUAUACAAAAAGAGAUGUUGAGGAAUUUAUUAGUAGAUGUAGUUUCCAAGCAGUUCUCCCAAAAAUGAAGCUGGAACACACAUUUUCUGAUUAUUGCGUUUAUAAUUUAAAGUGCAACUAAUGUGAGUAGCGACACUUAUUUUUACUUCUCUCUGAAUUGGUAUAAUCAGCAUUGGUGGUAAGGGGGUAUAAAAACUUUUUGAGCUUCUUAACUCUUAAAGUUAUCAUGCAGUAACUUCACUGCACAUACUGUAAUAAAGCAGCCUCCGGGUCUAAAGUAUUUUUGGACUUUUCAAGGAGGGAUUUGUGUUCCUAAACUGUGAUUUGCAAGAAACUCUGGUUCUGAUGCAAACAAAAUCAAGAAAAUUCUAAAUAUUAGACUGUCUGAGUGAAAGAUCAGAACAAAUCAUCAGGUUACACUGUAAUUCACCUACCAAUAGCACAGUUAUUUGCUAAUUUGAGGAAUAGUAUAUUGGUUAUACUAUAACUACGAACCUUUCCAAAGACCAUAGAAACUGUUAGAUUUGUAAUGACUGAAUUCUCUGAUAGCCUGUUGACUAAAUUACUACUCUUAAAUCUUACUCUUCCGGAACAAGACUAGGUAGAACUCCCAAAGCUCAGAGUGUUUGAGGCUGCUGACUUCCCUGUAUAGCAGCAGGUACAUUGUUCCCCUGCACAGUGGGCUCAGCAGCCACUCCUGCCCCUGGCUUCACUGUAAAGCAUUCCCCUUCAGCAGUUAAAAGCUGAUGAUACUCGAAGCAUGGAGAUUGCCGUCAUCUACUGUUUUCUCCUAACUGGUCAGUUAUAACAGUCAUGUAUUUCAAUGGAGGGGCAGUUAUUCUGAUGUGAAUUUUUGCUGUGAGCUCCAGUCUUCAGCCUUGCAUCACGUUUUCUUUCUUUCUUUAGCAUUUCUGAGGUGUUGCUAACUUUUGUAUUUUCUUGUAACUUUAUUUCAGGAUCAUCCAGUUCUGCCUUGAAGGUCAGUCUGGAAGACUGGUAGCAGCUGUGCCUUGCCUUAGAGCACCUGUGUGUGCUAUCCAGAAAUAUUUGGAACCAAUUCCAUGCUCUCCUGUCUCCAGUUUAAGGAAAGGGCCCAGCUCUGAAGAUCAGUGUAUAAAAGGCACAAUCCUCUAUGUGUGUUGGUACGAGACUCAAAGUGCGAUUUAGUUUGGUGCAGCCUGAGUGGUAGUGGCAAUUGCAGUGCAAUUCCAGGAUUCAGAUGGUUGUGGUUCCAAUGGUGUUUGUAGUACUGCAGUGGGGUCAGAAUGCCUCCACACAUGAGCAAGAUCUGUUGUCUUAGUGUGUUGUCAGAGCUCGGCAUAUCAGAGGAAUUUGUAAUGUUGGGGCCGAGAUUGCCUUCCCAUUUCAUCAGAGUAUGGUGAACUUGCAGGGCACUGACAGCACCAUUGAGCGAUCAGGGCUUGCUGUGCCGUUGGAGCUUGAUGCCGUAGCAGAUAAUCUUGUAUCACAUCAGAGCUGGGCGCCUCAGUGAUACUUUCCCAACACAGGCACAUCUUGGAGCUCUGGAGCUCAUUUGCUGUUCCUACUUCCAAUAUGCUGGGUCAGCACUACAUGGUGGUACCUCGGAACAGAGGCUUGGUGUAUUUCUGACUAGCGUGCCAGUCGGUAGCUUUGAGGGGACUUGGAGCAUUGGCCUGUUGGUGUACAAAGAGAUCACCCUUAACAUAUCUGGUACCAACACUAUGGAGUAAUUCACACGAUGUAUGGGUGCAUUGUCCAGGUGUUCCCCUGCUGCACUAGGCAGGUGUUCACCCACAGCACUAGUGCCGAGGAAGUAAAUUUGAGGUGCUGAUGGCUUCUCUAUGGAGGAGUUCUUCAUGGCUUGAAUUGCUUUGCCUCGGAGCAUUUCAGACUGCCUUUACCCAACACCAACUGUUGCAUGAUCACUUGUAUUAGCACUCCAAAACUUUGCUGUGAUGGGGGUAGCUUAGUGUGAUGUGCAGUGGAUGGAUUGCAUACCUGAGCUCCCAGGCACACCAAUUUCUAUGGCUCUGCAGCGCACUCUUCAGGCCAGUGUUUCAGAGUUGCAUUUUGGGGCACUGCUGUAGUGUGCCAAUCAGUAAGGCAUUGUCUGUAGGUAUCUUGGGGCACUGGACAUCAUGAUUCCUCCAGAUGAGGAAGUCAGAUACAUAGACAUCAGUGUAUCAUAGAGCACUCCCAGGCACAAGAACAACUUGUUGGAGAGGUUUGCCUCUCUGUGUCUGCCUUGGAGAAGAUAAGGUUUGUGCUUUGCACCAGUGUACCCAGUUUGAGCUGUCCAGAGACCUUGAGUCCUGCAGCCUUCAUAAACUGAGAGAACUGUGAGACACUGUGUUCUGUUUGCCAGAAGGUGGCAGGUACCAGCUCAGACCAUAGUGAAACUUGAAUUUUAAUUUUUGCAGUAGUAUUCUGGUUCUUGUGGUUGGAUGUACUAUAAGACAUGAUUCCAGUGGGCCUGAAGUUCAAAGAACAAAAUACAUAGUUCAUAUAGACAAAUGAUGAAACCUGAGCCUCUCUCCCUUAACUGUUGUCACCAGACCUUCAUUCAAAUUCUAUUAAGUCAAAUUAUGCAGCUUCCUGUGCUGUCCAAUUGGUAACUGCCUUUAGGUAGCCACAUUCUCUACUUGUAGAUGUAUUUGGGAUGUGUGUUGGCUACUUGAGCUCAGGGCAGUCUCUGGUCUAUUCUUUGGUAGCCUUGGGGCAUGUUUACUAAUCUAGGGUCAUUAUUGAGCUCUAGAUUUUUGACUUCUCUCUCUCAAACUUGAGUAUCUUGUCCUCAAUGUGUGUUGCCUCUCACUAAGCUGGUGUAUGUCCAGUUGCUUUAUUGACUAAAGGAGUAACCCUUUUGGCUGCAGCAGAAAGGGGGCAGCUGGAUUAAGCACUCGGCAAAUCCCUUCAAGUAUAUCCUUAGUUGGUCAUUUUAAAAAUCAUGCACAGAUCCCAGAUCAACUCUUUAGCGUAUUUUGUUCACUAGUAAUAAUAAGGACCCAAGACCCUGCUUUUAGUUUUCAAAGGCAAAGGAACACUUGCUUACUCACAGGAAGAGGGGAGGUAUUGGGUAUGUGUUUGACACUAACCAGUCACUCAUCUGUGUAGAAGUUUUUGUUUCUGGAGACCUGAUGUGGGUCAGACUAGAUGAUCAUAAUGGUCCCUUCUGACCUUAAAGUCUAUGAGUCUAUGAUCCAUAGCCUGUCCUUUCUGGUCACCGCUCCCAGUGCAAAACUGAGGCCUUGGCUACAUUCACACUUUACAGCGCUGCAACUGGGGUGUGAAAAAACACCCCCCCUGAGCGCUG